GGUUGUUAUGGACGCACGCUGUUUGUGCAUAUAAACAUGUGUGCAGCACAAACACCACCUUUUCUACCCUUGAGUUCAGUUUGGAGUUGCCUGCGAGAAUGAUCUCACGCCGCGACAAAUUGCUGCAACAGCCCUGGGAGCAGCUCCGUUAUGCACAGCAUCGGGAGAAGGUAUUGUCCGCACGCCCAGCCAUCGAUACGCAUACGCCACGCUGCCACGAGCACGUGCAACGCAAAUGGAAAAAGCAACAGAACGAGCUCGAGCGUCAGCAGCAGAUUGAGCGUGAAAAUCUACGGCUUCUGCAGAAGCUGGGCGACAUCAUGAGAACGAAGCGAAUCAACAAUGUUUGGCUAGAGCCGCGACCCACGUUCCUCAAUCGCGAAAAGCACUUUCCCACACGUCCGUACUCCAGUUUGCCGGAGAUUGUUACCAAUUAUGGUCAGCAGCCGGCGGGUACGCUCAUCUAUGGUAUGCUGCCGAAGCACACAGUGGUGGGUCGCUGUCCCACGUGCAGCGGCAAUCCGGAACGCACCGAGGUGGCCAUUCCCGAGCAGCGUACACAAUGGGCCCCGGCCCGAAAUUCAUGGAAUCGCAAGACACAACAGCCGCUGCCUCACCAACGUUGCUACCACUGCGGCUCGUAUAAAAGCAGCGAGCGCAAAUUGUUUGAGGAAUAUGCCUAAUCCUUUGAUGGCUGAUGAAAGCGACAUGUAAAUUACGAAAAUAAAAUGCACAUUUAUUAAUCAAGCCUUUGGUAUAUUGGGCGGCAGCGUG